AUGCUCGCUAUUCAGCCUACCAAUUCCGGUGGUAUUCCCGACAAGCUAUGGCAGCCACACUUUGUUGCUUUCGACACCACGAUGGGUGAAAUAACAAUCGAAUUGUAUUGGAAACAUGCUCCCAACACUUGCAGGAACUUUGCUGAGCUAGCACGCCGAGGGUAUUACAAUGGAACACAGUUUCAUAGAAUUAUACGAGAUUUCAUGGUGCAAGGUGGCGAUCCAACCGGAACUGGUCGGGGUGGUCAAUCGAUUUACGGGGCCACAUUUGCCGACGAAAUUCAUGGCGAUUUAAAGCACACUGGAGCAGGCAUAGUAUCGAUGGCCAACUCUGGUCCAGACACGAACGGUUCCCAAUUUUUCAUCACACUUGGUCCGACCCAAUGGCUGGAUGGAAAACAUACCAUUUUUGGCCGUAUCCACUCUGGAAUGCAGGUGGUUAAAAGAAUAGGGUUAGUGGAAACGGACAAAAACGAUCGGCCCGUAGAGCCAGUGAAGAUUGUAAAGGGAAAAGUGGAGAAAUAUUGA